UCAGUCCUUCUCGCAGCCCUCCUGGUGGCCAUGGAGUGUCCGCACCUGAGCUCCAGCGUCUGCAUCGCUCCGGACUCAGCCAAGUUCCCCAACGGCUCCCCGUCGUCCUGGUGCUGCAGCGUGUGCCGGUCCAACAAAAGCCCCUGGGUCUGUCUGACUUGUUCAAGUGUCCACUGUGGAAGGUAUGUGAAUGGCCAUGCAAAAAAACAUUAUGAAGAUGCACAAAUACCCUUAACCAACCAUAAGAAAUCAGAAAAGCAAGAAAAAGCACAGCACACGGUGUGUAUGGAUUGCAGUAGCUACAGUACAUACUGUUAUCGCUGUGAUGAUUUUGUCGUUAAUGACACCAAGCUGGGACUGGUACAGAAAGUCAGAGAACACUUGCAGAACUUGGAGAACUCAGCUUUCACAGCUGACAGACAUAGGAAAAGAAAACUUUUGGAAAACUCAUCACUGAACAGCAAGUUACUAAAAGUAAAUGGCAGCACCACUGCCGUUUGCGCCACGGGCCUUCGGAAUUUGGGGAACACGUGUUUCAUGAACGCCAUCCUGCAGUCGCUCAGUAACAUUGAGCAGUUUUGCUGUUAUUUCAAAGAACUGCCUGCCGUGGAAUUACGGAAUGGGAAGACAGCAGGACGGCGAACGUACCACACCAGGAGCCAGGGGGACAGCAACGUGUCUCUGGUGGAAGAGUUUAGGAAGACACUCUGUGCUUUAUGGCAAGGUAGCCAGACUGCAUUUAGCCCAGAGUCCUUAUUUUAUGUUGUUUGGAAGAUUAUGCCCAAUUUUAGGGGUUAUCAGCAGCAGGAUGCCCAUGAGUUCAUGCGCUACCUGCUAGACCACCUGCACUUGGAACUCCAGGGUGGUUUCAACGGUAUUUCCCGCUCGUCAAUUCUGCAAGAGAAUUCUACUCUGUCUGCAAGUAACAAAUGUUGCAUAAAUGGAGCAUCUACGGUUGUCACGGCUAUAUUCGGAGGCAUUCUCCAAAAUGAAGUUAACUGUCUCAUAUGUGGGACAGAAUCUAGAAAGUUUGAUCCAUUCCUAGACCUUUCAUUAGAUAUUCCAAGUCAGUUCAGAAAUAAACGCUCUAAGAAUCAAGAAAAUGGACCAACUUGUUCAUUACGAGAUUGUCUUCGCAGUUUUACUGACUUAGAAGAACUUGAUGAGACAGAGUUAUAUAUGUGCCACAAGUGCAAGAAGAAACAAAAGUCCACUAAGAAGUUUUGGAUUCAAAAACUACCCAAGGUGCUAUGCUUACAUUUGAAAAGAUUUCAUUGGACAGCAUAUUUAAGAAACAAAGUUGAUACAUACGUAGAAUUUCCCCUGCGAGGCCUAGACAUGAAAUGCUACUUACUAGAGCCCGAGAACAGUGGCCCAGAGAACUGCCUGUACGACCUUGCUGCUGUGGUGGUGCACCAUGGCUCUGGGGUCGGUUCUGGACAUUACACAGCAUACGCAACUCACGAAGGUCGCUGGUUCCAUUUCAAUGACAGUACUGUAACACUGACUGAUGAAGACACCGUGGUGAAGGCCAAGGCCUACAUCCUUUUUUAUGUGGAACGCCAGGCCAGAGCUGGAUCGGACAAACUUUAAUACCUCCUCCAAAUCAUUAUUCGUCAACUAUACCGGACAGACAUUUCCAAUUUUCCAUAAAUACUUGAUCCAAGAUUUAAUUUCAUUAUGCACUUUUCAGUUUCCUGUUUUGGGUUUAGUUUUAUUUUGUCAAUGGUAGUGACUUAUUGAACAUGGG